AUGAGCCGUUCCCAGGUGACCAGUCAGACGGGGGAUUCUUUCGACUCCGAGACUAAAGCAACCAGUGUCGAGGACGCUCUCCGUGAUUUUGACAAAGUCACAGUCACGGACAGCAAGGAGAACCCUCCACUUAGGAAAGACGACUACGCGGAAUGCGUCGUGGUUCCUUUGCCCGAGGUUGACGAGAAAAAAUCAAGCAAGUGCAGCACAUCCGGCAGAGAGAUCGACGUUAAUGUGAAUGGCUAUCCGAUUCGGAGAUAUCCAACUAAGCCUGUCUACUUGUAUGAGUGUCAGGUGAUUGCAGAGAUUCAGGCUCAGGGGGACAAGAGACUUCUUCCAACACAUGACCAGAGGCUCAUGCGGAGGUGCUUCAAAGAGAACAAAGAGAGACAGAAACGGUCGCUGCACCUCUUGGAAGCAGGAGGUAUCCGCGAGAAGAUCGUACUCGACCCUCCAUACCGCCACUAUGAGGGCCCAAAGAGAAUCGGUGGCCUCGAGGCAAAGAAUCCGCAUUCCCGCGGGUUUCUUACACUGCUGUCUGAGGCUCAAUUGAGAAUUAUCCCCAAGCACAAAUUGAUGCUUAAAGUCAUCGACGAAUGGCUCAGCAAGAAACGAGGAUUUGAUGAAUUUGUCAUUCAGUCAUUCAUGUUUCUCGACCAUCUGCUUCGACAUGGACCCCAAACUAGAUUCUAUGAACACAAACGGUCAUACUUCUUUGAGAAUAUCCAGGACAUGGGCCCGGAGCUUGCCAGAAUCGCGCAUAAAUUCCACUUUCAAUUGCCACAGUCUGCAACGGUCUACCGUGGAGCUUUCCAGACCAUUCGGGCGUGUCCGCGCGGUUUGAUGCUCAACGUGGAUACGGCUUAUGGCGUAUUCUUUUCACGAAUCGGUCUUAUGGGGGUCAUGAGAGGCCUCAUUAACAUUUCUCACGCCGAUGAUCUUGUCAGAAGAUGCAUGCCCGUCCACAAGCCGCAUAUCAAGCCCGGCUUUUAUGAGUCCUCCAAAGAUCAGUUGGAAUUAGACAAAAUGAUUUCUGGGCUGUUAGUUAGCCCAGAUUUCAAAGGAUGUCCAAAUCCCACCAGAGUUUUCAAAAUUCGGAAGCUUCUGCCAUCCAGUGCCCGAAACCACAUGCUUGACAUCAAAGACAAAGCUACCGGGACAGUCACCAAGAUGACCGUUCAAGAGUACUUCCAAUCGAGGUAUGGCGUUGGACUCGAGUUCCCGGAUAUGCUCCUGGUCGAAAUGCAAGACCGUGAAGUGGUCUAUCCCCCCGAAUUACUUACCCUCAAGGCUCUCCAGAGAUACAACAGAAAGCUCAGCGCCCGGAUGACGUCCCUGAUGAUCCAGUACACUGCGCAGAAGCCGCGAGACAGGAUGGAGCACAUCAGAAGCUGCAAAAGCAUCUCCGCUCAUGAAAGUGAUCAACAUCUGAGACUCUACGGUCUCAAAAUCGGGCCAAGUCUGAUAAAGACCAAGGCUCGCCUGCUCCCCAGUCCGGAGAUCCAGUUUGGUAACUCCAAGCAUAAUCCUGGCGUCAACGGUCGGUGGGACCUCCGUGGCAAGAGAUUCUUUAAGCCACACUCCAAACCACUGGCUUGCUGGGCAAUUGGGCACUAUCCGAACGAUCGCCGGGGAUUCGAUCGGCGACUCAUUGACGAAUGGCAGAUGAAUUUUGUCAAGUCGUUCAAACAGCACGGUGGGACGGUUCAAAACCCCCCUGUGUCGCUGCUGAUGACAGAUGACAUUGGGACAUCUGUCACCAAAUUGCAUGAUACGGCCAGGGACGCAUACGGGCAGCCUCCGCAGCUGAUUAUGAUGAUCACAGGCAGUCAGGAUGUUAAUCACUACACCCGCCUCAAAAAAUCCUGUGACUGUCGCUAUGGAGUCCCCUCUCAGGUCCUUCAGGCCGACAGAUGUCGCGGUGGAGGCAAACCGCAACUCCAUUCCAAUGUUGCCAUGAAAAUCAAUGCGAAGCUUGGAGGUGUUACAGCGCAUGCUCUCCCAACAUCUGCCGGCUCUGGUCUAGACCCUUCGUCAAUAAUUAUUGGCGCAGACGUCACUCACUCCAUGAUGGGCGUUUGGACUCCCUCUCUGGCAGCCAUGUCUGUCUCCAAGGAUCCCCAGGGAAUUGGCUACUGGGGCGGGCGUGAGGUGAACGGUACUCGGAAGGAGAUCAUCUCCGAGACCAAUAUCCGGACUAUUCUUGAGCCUUUUUUCAAGGAAUGGAUCAAGACAGUCGGCAAGCAUCGCCCGCCCGCAGUCAUCUACUACUUCCGAGAUGGUGUCUCGGAAACAGAGUACCAUGAAGUUCUCAAAAUCGAAGUGAAAGCCAUUCGCGACACCAUGUCCAGAGCCGCAGGCACAGAAUGGCAGGGUAAAAUGUGUGUAGUCAUCGCGAACAAACGCCAUCAUAUUCGAGCAUUCCCAGACUCCAAAAAGUCCACCGACUCUGACAAACAAGGCAAUCCUCUUCCCGGCACGCUGAUCGACCGCGAAGUCACCAGCCCUCAUGGCUGGGACUUUUUCCUCUAUUCGCACGUUGCUUUACAGGGUACCGCUCGUCCAGUCCACUACACGGUCCUUCUGGAUGAGGUGAAGCAUGAACCGAAUCGCCUGGUCAAUAUGAUCUACGAGCAAUGCUAUCAAUAUGUCCGCUCAACCACGUCCGUCUCCAUUCAUCCAGCCAUCUACUACGCUCAUUUGAUCUCCGUUCGGGCCCGUCACCACGAAAAUGCCACCCUCAAGGGCAAGCCCGCCCAGUAUGGACGUGUCAAGGUGAGUCGGGGGAUGCUGAAUGCCAUGCAGGCAAAUCCCGCCGAGUCCAAUCGCACCAAUAUCCCCUUGCUCCCCAUUGACGAUAGCAAUGGUAAUCACUUGCCUCUGAGCAUGUGGUAUGUUUGA